AAAGAACGAGGUUGAAAUUGAGGAGAAUGAAGAAAAGUUAAUGAUGAGGUUACAUGAUGGGAGCGAUGGUUGGAAGGUAGAACGUAGUCACGUGAAGCCUACUUUCUUUUGAAUUCAUCGUUCGAGAGGGGAAACAAGCUGUUAGUUGGAAAGGCGAAACGUUUGGGCCCAACGCUGACUGGUUGCAAGAUCUGCGGUCAGUAUUUCUGCGGAGUCGCGCACUAAAUGAUCUUAACGAUUCGUGUAACGAUUUUUAAGUAAAUCUUCUUAGAGUUGUUUUUGGAAUUAUUUGCGUAUUUAUUUUGUGUGUGAAACUCGAUAUAUAUGAAUGUGUCUGUGUGAUAUAUACAAGUAGUACAAGUUUCCUAAUAUCUGAUUCGUAAAUGACAUAAAGCCGCACUAUGUUACUUAGGCAAAUAUUAUGCUGGACGCUGACAGUAUGGGUGUCCGUUCAAGCAAUCACCAUUCCCAUUGAUCGCGCUGACAUCAAAAGUGCAUCAACGCAUUCCUCGAUGAUAGCGAAUGGGUGGCGACCAUUCACCGGAUACGACGGUAUUCGCACCAAUAGUGGCACGUCUUCAAACAAUUACAAUGAGCGGCUAACCCAUCCCAUUUUGGGAAAGUAUCAGGAGCACAUGGCGUCAUCAGAGAAGUCAAGGAUUCAGUACAAGACGAAUCAGCAGCAUGAAUACAGUCCGCCGAGUAUUUUGGGCAGUUUUAGUGUAUUCGGUCAUGCUGCCACCAAAGCUAGAAUAAAGCAUAAAGAUCAUCCAAUCAAGCAGAUUCUACCUUCGGAAACAAGGGAAUAUACGUUCCUGGUGCCGCCACCACGUGAUGUCUUUAGAUUUGACACGGAACCGCACAGAAAGGGAAUUUUACGCGACAACGACGCCUUCCUGAGACAAGCGAGCCUUAUAUCUACGGGUCCACAGGCUGAUAUACGCAAUGCACCAUUUUUCAUCAAGCCGACAGGAUUUUCGUCAUCCACGCACUCACCAGGAUUUUCAAAGCUUCGUCCUAUUGAUGGGUUUGGAAUUCAACAAACAUUACAACUACCCAGACAUUCAGCUCAACCAUUUGAGCCCCAGAAGGUCACCAGUAAUAACAACAAGGUUUUUCUAAAACCGCCCUCUGCCGAAGUUCCGGCCAGCUUUAAUGUCAAGCAUAAGUUAUCUGAGAAUUUUGAGACAUUUCAGCAAACUCAUACGCCGCAAAUUUUAAAUGGUAAUGCCGGAAACUUCUAUAGUCAAGUAGACCACCCAGCACCGUAUAAGACGUCAUAUGAACGCGAUCCAGCCUUUCUAGUUCAUGAAAGUCAUGAGGUUAGCUAUGUCACUCCUUCAUCAACAUUUGGUUUUAAUUUCCGACCAUCAUUGUCCUAUGACAAUAUUUCCCCUUCAAACAACUUUGACACUUCGUCGACAGUGCCGGUCGCCUCUACAACGACGCCCUCUUCAACAUUAGGCAAGUUUUUGCAAUCUCAAGCUCCUAACACAAUUCAAGCUGGAAUCGGUGUAGCAACUGCCACCAGCGCCCUUGGUAGCACUUACUACGUCUCUGAGCACCAAGAUCUCACAUCACCACCUUCGGCAUGGCCGAUUCAGAAAUCAAAAUUCACAACAGAAAUCAACGAAGUGUUGCCUAACAAAAACUCGCCUAUCAAGUUUCGUCAAGAGCCACUCGUCAGUUAUCCGACAUCGCAACAACAGCGACAGCAGCAGCAUCAGCAGCAGCAGCAGCAGCACCAGCAGCACCAGCAGCAGCAGUACCAGCAACAGCAGCAUCAGCAUCAGCAUCAGCAGCAGCAUCAGCAGCAGCAACUCCAUCAUCAACAGCAACGGAUUCCGGAACUCGUUUUUCUUCGACCAGAUCUCCAGCAGCAGUAUCAAUCAGCAGGUAUUCCAGUUACAACUGUGAAACAACAGACGGUAGAACCACAAUAUGAGACUCCGGAAAGUAUCUCAUUGAAACACUUCAAUGAGCAACAAUAUUUGAUUCAACAACAGUUGAUACAGCGUGAUCGGCAACGGCUCCAUGAGCAAGAAAUGCAGCGGCAACAGAAGAUACAACAACAACAAGAAGACGAAUUAAAAAAACGACAAGAAGAGUUACGGAUACUUGAGAACCAGCAAAAGGAAACUGAUUUUAAAAAAAUUGAGGCCGAACGACAGGAACACGCACAAGAACAAUUACAAAACCAAAAAACUCUCGAACAUCGUCAAAGAUUUGAGGAACAGCAGAGGUUAAUUGCUCAACAGCAACAACAGCAAAGACAAUACGAAUUGUCACAAUUAGUUACAGAAGAAAAUAUGCACCAUCACGAUAAUGAGCAAAUCAACGAGCCAAUUAAUUAUCAACAUCAACAGAAGCAACAGCAACAGCCAGUGCAACUGCAACAACAGCAACAGCAACAACUUCAAAAACCUGAAUCAUCAGACUCGAAUGGUGGAAGUGAAUAUACACAAACCCAAGGAAAUAAUGAACCGGAAGUGAUCACUCGAGAACCGGAAUUGAAAAUUCGAACUCAUAGACCAGUAAAACCACAAAGGGGUCAAUAUAGGCGACGACGACCGACAACACCAAUUUAUGAAGUUCAGGCAACGGAAGCUUCACCUCAACUUGAGACCACAUUCAAUUCCUUAUCAGAAGUACCAGUACAAACGACGAUACAACCAGAUUCAUCAACGAUAUCUGUGAAAGUACGUUCAAGAAUUCGUAGACCACUAAAUGGGGGAGUCAGGCGUAGACCGCGCCCAACAUCGCCAUCGGAAGUGGAUACUACCGCAUCAGCAAACGAAGAUGAUUAUCUAAAAUAUGAUCAUGCGCCACAAAUAGACUUGGCUAAAAAACGGAGACCAAUCCGGCCCACUCAACCGACUCUUGCAGAGGAGGUGGUGACAGAGAGGCGACCUGCUAUUAGAAAACGUCCUGGGCAUCAUGUUCGUGUACAUCCGGGGGAACCAUUCGAAGCAGAAGUCGUGACAGAAAUUAUUAAACCGACCAAAACGACUUACAAAGAAACGACCGAAUGGGAAAAUUAUCCUACCAGUUUUGAAAAGAAUCCUGUAUCGCCUGCCGAGGAAUUCAUGACACAAGUAUAUACGAUUUCCAGCCAGGAAGCUGAAGAAUUAUCUACCGCAAGUAUACUUCCUGAACGUCAAACGGAAGUUGCAUUUCCUGAAGAACAUUACAUCCGACAGGACGCGUCGCGCGAACACCUUGAAAAAUUACAAAAUAUUCCGCUAGAGGAACUCUUCGACAAACGAGAAGAGAAUCAGGUGAAUCUUCCGACUACAGCUGCUUCUUAUACUACUAUGGCAACAACACUGCCAGUAUCUAUGACAACUACAACUCCUUCUACUGCUACUAUAACUACCACAGAAUUACAAAUGAGCACUACAAAUGUCAUUCCGUCGACUACUAGAGCAUCACAUCGAAUUCGUCCGUUGAGAUUUGGUAACGCAACGCGUCCACGUUUCAGCGUCAAAGAUUAUAAAAGCAGAUUAGAUUAUAAAAAUAGAGUAGGUCAGCUAUCAACAACAGAAGCGACAUCACAUUCAGUAAUGCAAACAAGACAAAGAAGCAGCACUCCAAAAUCACAGGAAACUUCUGACUCUCCUAGGGAAACGACCGGAAGAUACAAGUAUAUGUCUAGAACCUCAUACAGAAUAACUUCCACUGCAAAGCCAGUUCGUGAAACGUCUGAGUACAAACAGAGCAUUUCUACUACAGACAGGAUCAACAGGUUCACACCUAAACGAAAACUCAAUCAGAAUGGUCAUCUUUACAAAAGUAGAAUAACAUCUUCAUCGAGUAUUGGAAACGGAAACAGGCAGGAUGGUCAGAAUGAAAUUAGCAUUAGGUACAGCACGGCCCGUCCCGAGAACGUAUUCUCGUCAGCUAUUAGAAGACGUCCAGGUGUCCUCAAGAACAAAAUAGAAAACACUAAUGAGGAGAUUCAAGUAAAGAAAGAGGAUGCUACCGAAAUGACAGCAGAAGAAACGAGCUUUUACUCAGUAGCCACUACUGUGCCAACGCUGAUAGAGAGUGCGAAUGAGGUCGUCAGUAAAGAAGAAAGUGCCACUACAUCAAAGAAGAUCAUUGAAAAUGUUGAAUCUGUGACCAGGAAUGAAAAAAGUCCUUUGACAUCAUCCGAGAAUGGCAUGGAAAUAGUCGAAUUGCCUCAUGUAAUAAGAAUGAACAAUGAUAAUGUUAUGAGUGACGUUGAAGGUAGUCGUCCAGGUGAUCUAACGAGCACUGAAUCCACAUCUAUAAUAGAAACAACAACUGCUGCCGAUUUACAGCUAGAGGAAGAGUUAUUUGCAAAAGCGUCUCAGAGUGUUGCUGAUCUAACCAGUUCAGCAUCAGCUCUUUAUGACAAACCUGGAUUGUUUAAAGCUGUUUCGCCAGUUACCGAAAGCCGUGUGGUUAACCCAAAUUUUAAAAUUUCGACAGAUGAACCGACAUUGCCAAUAGAAGCAUUUUUCCAAGAGUUAUCCAGUAAGGAAUAGUGUAGAGUUUCAGCUGACCCUGAUACAAAUAGUAGCUGUAGUAUGUCUGGAAUUUCGUUGAGUUGAUAUUAUUAUUUGAUAUUCCAAGCGUCAUAUAGUUAGGCGUAAACUAUCACACGUGUGCCUAAAUAUAAGAGAUUUGAUUUUUUGAUCCUUCUCCACGGCACCUUUUCUUCUAAAACAUGUAACUUUUAAAAAAAUUAUUCUUUUUCACUUCAUUUUAAUUAUUCAUGUUAAAUGUAUUCUGUAAUUUUGAUUUCACUAUAAUUAAGUUAUAAAAUUUGUAUUCGUUACAAAGUUACAUUGCGAUUUAUGAGCCAUUGUGUGACAGAAUAUGUGUGACCCGCGCGUUGAUGUAAAAACUGUGUGGUGUUCUAGGGUUAAAUAAAUAAUAAUAUGUUUUCUUUUAUAAUUGCAGACCAAGAUUUAUUUCACAACUGCUCAGAACACAAAUAUAGAUUUAUUUUAAAAAUGUAUAUUAUCUAAAAAUGAAUAUCUUUGAAUUUCUUGUAUUUAAUUUGAUAUAUUCGUGAAAGCAAAUUAUUUUUAUAAGAUAAUGGCGAUUAAAUGGUAUCUGCUGUGACCCUGCUGCUAUGUGUAUUACGUAUUAUGUAUUAUGUUACUACACAAAACUUUAAUAUUGAAUUGAUGCCGUUUACACAGACCCUCACCUUAAUCGGUACCAUAGUACUGCACAUAACUCAACUUUGUUAUUUUAAAUUCAUUGCACGUGUAUCAAAAUAAAUUUAUCUAAAAUUGAUGGAAUAUCUAUGAUCGCAGCGGUUCAAUGAGAAUGUAAAUAUACGAUAUUGUUCUGGUAUUUUUUUAUAGGCUCCCCUAAUUUAUUCUUCUUCCUACUGUUGCGCAGGGAUCAAAAUACUCAAUGGCCUACGAUUACUUUCUGUUUGUUUAAAAGAAUACUGUGACAUUGAAUAUACAUAAUAUAAUGAGAUAUAUACCGUUAAACUAUUAUUAUGAGAUUUGUUAGUAAUUUUGCGUAACUAGCGUUUGCUGCAAACACAAUUGUAAUUAAUUAAUAUUAAUUAACAUUAAUAUUACCAAAAUUUCCUGCAGAACAAUAGGAUUAUUGUAAUGGUAAUUACUGUAAGUUCAGAUCCAGAAUGACAUAAUUUAAGUAAAAAUUGCAACGUAUAACGUAAGUAUCUGCACAUGGAAAAUGUUCAUACUGCUAUUAUUUUUAAAAUUAGCUAUUUGUUUUUUGCAUCUAUAUUUCUACAUUAUGUCAUUUUAAAUCGAACAUAACAAUUAUAGGAUUUUAAUUGUAACUAAUAAAAAUUCAUAAGUAACGAAUGCUCCAUUCUAAUUGGAAUACCAAACUUGUUCGAGUUUAUCAUGAGCGCAUUUCUUCGAGAAUUUAAAUCCAUGAGGAAGCAAAUUAAUUAAAAAAUAUUUCGAAGAAUAUAUUUCGUCAUGUUAAACAUUACACUUAUUAUUUCAUGUUAGAUUUAAUCAAAAUAUUCAUUAUUAUAAUAUUCAACCUCGGAUUUAAUAUAAUUUUGAAUAACGAUGUAAUUGUAAUUUCUUUAUUCAUGGAACUGUAAUUUAUAAUCUCAUUCUACCAAUGUUUUGCUAUACCUUCAUUUAAAGUAUAGUCGGUCCAAGAGGAUGAUGUCAUUUUUGUUAUAAAUCGAAAAUAAUGAAGUCUCUAGCAAGUCACAGGUGGGUCUAAUACAGUUUUUUUACAUAGUGUGCACGUCCAAAUUUCUAGACUGAAAUAUAUUUUUUCUAUUUUAGUAUAGAUUUUCAUGAUUUUAUGAAAAUUCGCGCAUGUGAUUGUUAAGAAUUGCAUUUGUUUACGAACUAUAAAAAAAGACAUUGCUUCGCGGACCGUCUGUAUGUUUUAUGUUAAAUAUUUAAGCCUAUGAACAACGUUUAUACAAUUCAACGUACCUAAUUUUGUUAUUUAUUAAAGAAAUGUUCCCAAUUUCUAUGACAUUGUGUAAUUUUUGUAAAUAUUCGCAAAUUAAUAUAAUAAAGUAUUAUAUUAUA